AUGACCAAGACCCCCAGUGACCACCUCCUGGACUCUCUGGAGGAGCUGGUGCCCUAUGAGUUUGAGAAGUUCAAGUUCAAGCUGCAGAACACCAGCCUGGAGAAGGAUCAUCGCCGCAUCCCCCGGGGCCUGGUGCAGAUGGCCAGGCCGGUGAAGUUGGCCACUCUGAUGGUCAACCACUACGGGGAGGAGGAUGCUGUGCGGCUGACCCUGCAGGUCCUGCGGGCCAUCAACCAGCGCCUCCUGGCAGAGGAGCUCCACAAGGCCACUGGCCAGGACGCCACUCCUCGGGAAGGUGGCACCAGCAGUCCAGCAGGAUCUUGUUCCUCAGAGGAAGAUAAACCCAAGAGUCUGAAGGCACCAGGCAGCCAGGAAGGUGAGGGAGCAGCCAGCCUGCAGUCCGGCCAGCCCCAGGCUGGGAGGGGGCCCCAGAAGAAAUGCCAGGACAGGAGGAGAGACCAGAGCCUGGAUGGGCAGGGCAAGCCAGGGGCCAGGAGCAUGACCCUGCCUUCCAGGAAAGGCCCUUCCCUGCCUGUGGGCAGGCUGCCUGGGGAGAAAGGCUGCACCUCCAGCCCCAGCUCCAGCCUGCGCAGGAACGCCAACUCCACUAGCAAGCUCCAGGACCUCUCCAGCUGCUCAUUGUCCGGCUCCCUGGGAAGGAGACACUCUAAGAGAACUGAAGGCAAGCAGCGACCCAGGAGCCUUGAAUUGACCUUUUCUUCAGGAGAGAAGGGCCCUUUAAACCCAGAAACCCUCCUGACUCUACAGGAGAUGAAAAUAGUGUCUCCAGAUCCAAUAGCCACCCCCAGGGCGGUGGCCACUGUAGAUUUCGAGGGCCUGGUGGCGCCAGGGGAAGCUUCCAGGAGUCCAGAGCGUCCCAUGAAGCAGGAGGGAAGAGCAUUCAGAAACACACUCACCAGUGUGCCCUUGACUGCAGGGGAGGAAACCCCGGAACAUCGGGAACCCACAGCUCCCUCGGGGGAAAAACAAACCAGGAGUCCAGAGGCCCCAGGGACACUCCGGGAGCCUUUGGAUCCAGAAGCCCCUCCAUCUUUGGGGAGGAAAGGACCUCAGAACCCAGAACAGCUAAGGCUGUCCUUAGGCCUGGAGGCCUGUGAAGGGAGGCCACAGGAAAGAGACCCGGUUGACAGUACCUGUGUGCACGAUUCCAGUAGGUGCUCCGAGAAACAAGGGGCCUUGGGCAGCUGCUCCCUCAGCUGCCCCCAGGGCCAGGUCCUGCUCCCAAAGCAGCAGCCGGGCAGCCUCAGCCCCGGGUCCCCACCCCAGUGUGAGCGUCACAUGAAGCAGCUCUGCCUGCUCUUCUGCGAGGACCACCAGAAGCCUGUCUGCCUUAUCUGCAGCCUGAGCCAGGAGCACCGAGGCCACCAGCUACACCCCAUUGAGGAGGCCGCCCUGGACUACCAGGAUCAAAUCCAUUGGCAGCUGGAGCAUCUGAAGGAGCUGAGAAAAUCUGGGGAAGAGCAGAAACAUCAGGGGGACAAAGAGACAGCCAACUUCCUGAAACAGAUAGAAGCCCAGAAGCAGAAGGUCCGGUGUCAGAUGCGACAGUUGUGCCACUUCCUGGAGAAACAGGAACAGCUGUUUGUGGCCUGGCUGGAAGACCUGGGCCAGACCAUUCACCAGGUUGGGGACAAGUACGGCCGCCGGGUGUCCCAGGACAUCACUGUUCUCAAUGAGCUUAUCGGGGAGCUGGAGGCCAAGCAGUGCCAGUCGGUGUGGGAGCUCAUGCAGGACAUCGGCGUCACCCUGCACAGAGCCAAGAUGGUGACCAUCCCGGAGCCAUGGGUCACCCCUUCAGAGGUGAAGGAGAAGAUGCAUCUGUUCUACUCUAAGUCGGAGUUUAUAGAGAAGAGCAUAAAGCGUUUCUCAGAAAGCCUGCGUUCGGGAAUGGAAGCGUUCAUUGCUCCAGAGCUAUUAGCUGUCCAGGCCCAUGCAGUUGAUGUGGUCCUGGAUGCAGAAACUGCUCAUCCCAACCUUACCUUCUCGAAUGAUCUGAAGAGCGUGAGGCUUGGAAAGAAGGGUGACCGGCUGCCCGAAGGCCCGGAAACGUUUGACAGCUGCAUCCUGGCCCUGGGCUCUCCGACUUUCUGCUCUGGCCGCCAGUACUGGGAAGUGGAGGUGGGAGACAAGACAGCCUGGGUCCUGGGAGUGUGCAAAGUCUCCAUGAGCAGGAAGGGCAGCAUGACUCUGUCACCCGAGAACGGCUACUGGGUGGUGAUGAUGACCAUGCGCAACGAGUACCAGGCCUGCACCUUCCCCCCGACCCGCCUGUGGGUGAAGAACCCACCGCGGCGAGUGGGCAUCUUCCUGGACUAUGAGGCUGGAGACAUUUCCUUUUACAACGUGACAGCCAAGUCCCACAUGUACACAUUUACCUGCUGCUCACCCUCAGAGCCCCUUCAGCCUAUCUUUAGCCCUGGGAAAGACGAUGGCGGAAAGAACGCGGACCCUCUGACCAUCUGUGUAGUGCGUGCUCAGGAACCCCACUGA